CCUCUCCAGGGUUGUCAUGGCGAUGGUGACUAUGAGGAGAUAAAGGAGCGCCCCCUACAGUCAGAUUCCACCAUCUACACCACUGUCAACUUACCCACUCUGACUCUCCCCACUACGCCAGCGUCAACUUACCCAAAAGCCACUCUGACCUUCUCCACUACGCCAGUCAACUUCCACAAGAACCCCAGUAGCCCCAAUGAGGCCACCGCUGCCAUUACUAAAGAGGGCACUUCAUCAUGUGACUAUGCUACUGUAAACUUUGGUCAAAUCCCCACCUACUCUACUGUCAAUCACCCACACAGCUCCUCUGAGGCUCCUCCCAUCUACUCCACAGUCAGCAAACCCAGAGACACCUGAGUCACUGGCAACGAAUCACAAGAGACAUACACACACUGGCGACAAAUCACAAGAGACAUACACAUGCUGGCAACCAAUGUCUCUCUUAUUCUCUGUCUCUGACUCUUACUUCUUCAAAUGGGUUGCUGACACAGUCACUUCCUGUUCUCUCAGUGGCUAUAAGAGUGCAUGUCUUACAAUUAUGAGAUCCCUGGUUUUCAUAACAGUAUAGUAUAGUAACUGUUAUAGUAUAGUAAGUUUACCAGUAUAGUAACUGUGGUAGUAAAGUAACUUUAACAGUAUAGUAACUGAGGAGUAACUGUCCAGAAUGAAGAUACUCCAUGUCUCCUGCUGUCUCCUCUCAGCUCUCUGUGUUGUGGAGUCAGUCAUCACUGAGACGACUGGAGUUGUUGGGGGACAGGUCACAAUUCAGUGCUCAUUUGCAGAUAAAUGGUAUGGAAAAAGCAAUGGCAAGUACUUCUGUGGGAAGAAAUGUGACAGAUACAAUGACAUUCUGGUUCAAACUCAGAAGAACAAGAACUACAUUGAGAGAGGAAGAUACAUCAUACAUGACAAUAGAUAUGGAGACUUCACUGUUACCAUCAAGAACCUGAUGAUGUCAGACUCUGGAACCUACUGGUGUGGACUGGACACAUCUAUUAAAGAUUCAUACCAAGAGGUGCAUCUCACAGUUACAGAUGCUCCUCUUAAAUUGUCAACGGUCACCUCCAGACUUCAUGUCUCCACAAAACAUUCUCAAACCUCUCCACAACAUUCUCAAACCUCUCCACAACAUUCCUGCCAUCUGGAGACAUCAGUGUUGGUCCUUCACACAGAGCAGGUAUGAUGGACUUGUCCCUUGCCAUCAUUCUUUCACCUUCAGACAACUUUAAUAUGCUGCUACAGACAGAAACAACAAUAUCUGGUCAUUAGACAAAUCUCACUUCCUCUCUAUUUCUCUCUCUCUCUAUUUCUCUCUCUCUCUAUUUCUCUCUCUCUCUCUAUUUCUCUCUCUCUCUCUAUUUCUCUCUCUCUCUCUCUCUCCUGCAAUUCAAGGGGUUUUAUUGUUAUGGGAAAUAUUUGUUGUCGUUGCCAAAGCAAGUGAAGUAGAUAAACUAAAGUGAAAUAAACAAGAAGUGAACAGCAAAUAUACACAAGUUCCAAAAGAAUAAAGACAUUUGAAUAUGACAUUUGUCAUAUGUCUAUAUACAGUGAUGUAACGAUGUGCAAAUAGUUCAAGUACAAAAGGGUGAGACCUAGAGACCUAGAUGCACAUGGGAGAAACAAUACUCUAAUAAUCCAACAGGGACAGGCAAUAGACAGGUCAAGGCAGGCAGGGGUCAGUAACCAGAGG